CCCCCGACCAUACUCCGUACAUCCCCGUUUAUCCCCCUUCCGUCCUUCCUCCUACCUGCACCUGCCUGAGUAACCAUGCCCAUGUUACUCGACAUCACCAGGAAACUACUGGCCCGAUCAGACAGGGUCAAGUCAGUAGACUUCCACCCUACAGAACCCCAUGUCAUCUGCGGUUUAUAUAAUGGUCAAGUCAAGAUAUGGGACUAUGAGACAGGCACAGAUGUCAAGGCUUUUGAAGUGACCGACGUCCCCGUCCGAUGCGUCCGCUAUAUCGCCCGAAAGAACUGGUUCGUUUCUGGCUCUGACGAUUUCCAACUCCGAGUAUACAACAUCUCUACCGGCGAGAAGAUUACCCAAUUCGAGGCGCACCCAGAUUAUAUCAGAUGUCUGACUGUUCACCCGACGUUGAGCUUGGUCUUGACUGGUAGUGACGAUAUGACUAUCAAGUGCUGGGACUGGGACAAGGGAUGGCGAUGUGUUCAGAUAUUUGAAGGGCACACCCACUACAUUAUGGCUCUCGCCAUCAACCCAAAGGACCCUCAGACAUUUGCGUCCGCCUGUUUGGACCAUACCGUCAAGGUCUGGUCUCUUGGAAACUCGGUCCCCAACUUUUCUCUCGAGGCGCACGAAAAGGGUGUCAACUAUGUCGACUACUACCAUGGCGGUGAUAAGCCCUAUAUCGUGACAACUGGUGAUGACCGACUUGUCAAGAUUUGGGAUUACCACUCUAAAUCCUGCGUGCAAACCCUCGAAUCACACACUGCCAACGUGUCGUUUGCCAUCUUCCACCCAUCACUGCCUAUCAUCGUCUCUGGUUCCGAAGACGGGACCGUCAAGAUCUGGCACUCUGCUACUUAUCGACUGGAGAACACUCUAAGUUAUGGGCUUGAGAGGGCUUGGUGUGUGGCGUACAAGAAGAGCGGGAAUGAAGUUGCUGUCGGUUUCGAUGAAGGUGCUGUUGUCGUCAAACUCGGUCGAGAUGAACCCGCCGUAUCAAUGGACACUUCUGGCAAAAUCGUUUACGCUCGCAACACUGAAAUCCUCACUGCCAACCUCUCCACUCUCUCCGACAGUGAACCCCUCGAAGACGGACAACGUGUCCCCCUCCCACUCCGUGACCUCGGCACCACCGAAGUCUACCCCCAAUCUCUCCAACACAGCCCCAACGGCCGAUUCGUCACUGUCUGCGGCGAUGGCGAGUACAUCAUUUACACUUCCCUUGCGUGGAGGAACAAGGCGUUUGGGAAUGGAUCGAGCUUUGCUUGGGCGGGCGACUCGAAUACCUAUGCUGUGCAAGAAGGCAAGGCUAAGAUCCGUGUUUUCCGAGCGUUCAAGGAACGACCCAACCUCUUAAAAUCGGCGGGCAAUUGGGCUGUGGAAGGUAUCCAUGGCGGCACGUUGCUCGCAGCCCGUGGCAAUGGGUUCGUCAUGUUUUGGGACUGGGAGACUGGAUCGGUCGUGAGAAGGAUAGAGGUGGAUGCUACUAGUGUGAGCUGGAGCGCGACGGGUAAUUUCGUCGUUAUCACUGCAGAGGACUCGUUCUACGUGCUCUCGUUCAAUAGGGAGGCGUAUGAUGCCAAGUUGGAUAGUGGAGAGUUGAUUGGAGAUGAAGGUGUGGAAGAGGCGUUUGAAGUUAUCGCCGAGAUUAGCGAAACGGUCAAGACAUCUAAAUGGGUCGGCGACUGCUUUGUCUACACUAACUCCACCAACCGCCUUAACUACCUGAUCGGCGACCAAUCCCACACUGUCAACCACUUUGAUCAAGGCAUCUACCUCCUUGGUUACCUGCCUUCCCACAACAGGAUCUAUGUCGCCGACAAGGACAUGAACAUCUAUACCUACGCCCUCUCCGUCUCCGUCGUUGAAUACCAAACCGCCAUCUUGCGAGGCGACCUUGAUGCAGCUGCAGAGAUCUUGCCGUCCAUUCCGCAAGAUCAGCGAAACCGGAUCGCGCGAUUCUUGGAGGCGCAGGACCUGAAGGAACUAGCACUCUCAGUGUCGACGGAUCCGGAUCAGAGGUUUGAUCUGGCUGUAUCACUUGAUGAUCUCGAAACGGCGCUUUCACUCGUGCGCGCUGCCGACGAGUCUGCUGCUACUCCUUCCGGUGACGCCGCCGGUGUCGGUGCAGGCGUCAGUGUAAACCAAGCGAAAUGGAAGGUUGUCGGCGACAAGGCCCUCGCCGCAUGGCAAAUGGACCUCGCAAAAGAAGCGUUCCAGAAUGCCAACGACCUCUCAUCCCUCUUACUCCUCUACACCUCCCUCUCCGACCGAACCGGUCUCUCCUCCCUUGCCCAAGUCGCCUCCCAAAAGGGUCUUAACAAUCUCGCUUUUGCAGCAUACCUCCAGCUUGGCGACGUUGCCGCCUGCAUCGACCUCUUGGUCAAGACUGAUAGGCUGGCCGAAGCGGCAUUGUUUACAAGAAGUUAUGCGCCUUUGACAAAUGAGACGGAGAAGGAAUGGGGAGCGACGGUCAAGCUUUGGAAGGAGCAGUUGGUAAAGGAUGGAAGAGGGAAAGUGGCGGAGAAAGUGGCGGAGCCGGGGGAGGAUAGAGAGUUGUUUGACUAACGACUGCUCUCUACCAUAAUAAAUCAAAAGAUAUAUAUAUGAACCAUGCAUACGAGCAGAUGACUGAUACACC